CAUUCAUUCUUCUCAGUCAUUUUUCUUCAAUCCUUCGUUGCGGCUUUUUGUGUGCGAGGUGUUGGACGCUGAGCACGUUUGUUUUGACCGCCCCGUGCUCAGACUUGCUUAAUUUAGCAACCGUCAAUUGACAUGUCUGGCGGCUCGCGGCUGGACGAGCUCGAUCAGCGAGCAACGCAGCAUCUCAGCCACAGCGAGCGUCAUCUCGAGACUGCGCGACGGGAGCUCCUCCAGUGCGUGCAGUCAGCCGAGCAGCUGAAGGCGAAUGCGAGCAAGCUGAUGCAAGUCAUCACGGGCGCAGACCAGCAGAUGGGAACGCUGCGCACGGUUGUCGAGCAGCUGCACGACAAGCGAGCCAGUCUUGGCAACGAGUACAACGCGCUGGCAGAGCGCCGCGAUCGAGUCUACGACGAACUCGCAGACAUUCUCACUGUGCUGCAAUCAAAGGCUCUGGACGAAAAGCUGCAGGUGCAGGUGCCGCUGGAGCAGGCAAUAGCAGAAUCGAUGAACCUGGGAAUCUCUCAGCAGGAUGUGCGGCUCCCGCUUUCGCCAUCAUCGGCAAACCCACAGACAUUGAAGGACUUUGUGGACAUGGAGUCGGUGGCGAGCUUGCAGCGCGAGCUCGAGGCACGCUUGGACGGCCUGCUCCUCGUUGUCAACCAGUGGCGCAGUGUGUACGAGCAAGUCGAAGCAGCGCUCACGACACUGUUGCGCCAGCAUGCAGCGUCCACGCUGCGUGCCACCGAGGCGCACAAAGCGGUGACUGGGCCGAUGGGCAGUGGGCCCUCCAGCCUAUCCGCGUCGUUCAGCACGGCUUCUUCCGUCGUCGCGUCGACCGUGAAUAUUGCCAGCGCGUCCACCGCACGAUCGCCAACUGCAGAGCAAUCGUCUUCUGCAGUGCCCGCCGCUUCAGAUGCCUCCGUUACACCUGCUGCUGCUGUCGUAGCAGCGACAACGCUACAACUAGGGUCUGAUUCGAGCCGGUCGGACGCUCAUCUGGACGCAUCCAUCGCCCUGGCCAAUGCGACCUCUGCCUCCUCGUCGCCAGGAACAAAAGCGCAACCGUCUCAAGUCGAGCACGCCGUGCAGCGCGCCCAGCAAAUCCUGGCUGAAAUCGCCACUCUGGUGCUCAAAGUGCGCAACAUUUGCCGGAACGUCUCCGAUGAGCAAACUCUGGCGUCUGCUCGGUACAUUCCAGGUGUUGUCGACACCUCGGACGCUGAUACGGUCAGCAAACUUGCAGCGCAAGUGGACCAAGUGCCCGAGAUGCUUUCAGCGAUCGAGACAGCUCUUGUUACUCUCAAAGCAAGCAGCACCACAAUCGAAAACCUCGGCGUGCGCGUGCGAAACGCCAAUCAAGCUCUGACCUCCUUGCUGACAGAGAUUGACUCGUUUGGCGGGUCAUAUCUCGGCGAGACGCUCAAUAGUUUGGAGAUGCUGGCAGAAGGGUUUCGCCAACAGACCAUGCAUUGCCAGGAGAUGAUUGAUGAGAUUGCGCAGCUCGUCGACUGGUACCGGCGCUUUGCUGCGGGCUACGACGCCUUGUUAAUCGAGCUUCCCAGGCGCCGCGCGGAGCUGGCCCGCCAGGUGCAGGUUGUACAGCGCAUCAACCUUGCGCUCGAGCAGAUGGUCAUGCGCGAAGAGGACACUCGCGCUGCCUUCAUGGAGACAUUUGGCCAGUACCUCCCGCCGACACUCGCGCACACUGUAGCAGAGCCACCACCAGCGUUCCACAUUGAGCCUGCGCAGGUCACGUCCAACAUUCCACCUCUGAGAACGCCGCCAGUGACGGUGGUCGAUGCACUGCAGAGGCGCCGUCCAGACUCACCCGAUGCUGCUGAAGCGGAAAUCGCAAACCUUGUCAGCAGCCUCAAUCCACCCUAAGUGCCUGGUUUUGUGCCUUCCCCCCGAGGUCAAAGUAUCGUAUGGCUCAGGAAAUUAAUACAGUUUUCUCCGUGGAAGCAUUGCUGAAACAAGCU